AUGGACAACCUGCGCGAGACCUUCCUCAGCCUCGAGGAUGGCUUGGGCUCCUCCGACAGCCCAGACCUGCUGUCUUCCUGGGACUGGAAAAACAGGGUGGGGCCCUUUGAGCUGAAUCAGGACUCCCCCACUCAGAGCCUUUCCCCAGCUCCAUCCCUGGAGUCCUAUUCUUCUUCUCCCUGUCCAGCUGUGGCUGGGCUGCCAUAUGGGCACGGUGGGGCCAGUGGUGGGGGUGGUGAUGGCUGUAGUGGCCUUGGGGCCAGUGGCCUCGUCGAGAUGGACUAUAAUAUGUUGGCGUUCCAGCCUGCCUACCUGCAGGACACUGGAGGCCUCAAGGCCCAGAAGGGCACCAAAGUCAGGAUGUCUGUCCAGCGGAGGCGGAAGGCCAGCGAGAGGGAGAAGCUCAGGAUGAGGACCUUGGCUGAUGCUCUGCAUACCCUCCGGAAUUACCUGCCCCCUGUCUACAGCCAGAGAGGCCAGCCGCUCACCAAGAUCCAGACGCUCAAAUACACCAUCAAGUACAUUGGGGAACUCACGGACCUCCUCAACAGUGGCAGGGAGCCCAGACCCCAGAGUGCAUGA